GUUCGCGGGGUUUGGCACGAACGCAGUGACCCUUGGGCAAUGCCUGCUCGGUCAGGUCAGAGGGACGAGCGACUCCCAACUUGAUCUCUCCCAAAUCUGCGUAUCCACGCUCAAUGCUGUCGCGAUCAUGAAUUGCGACGCAAGCCUAGUCGGCUGCCUUGCCGACAGGCUCGCUACAAGACUUCCCCAUCGAGCUGGCACCAGUGGCCAGAGCCUACAGCAAGACGAUGUCCUUCACGUUACGAGAGCCACCCUGAUCGAGCUAGGAAACACUUCCAUAUCCACAGUCAUCGCGUCGCUUCUGGUUCUACUCGAGGACCUUGCUCGCCCCUACGCAUCUGUCGCCGACCACCCCAGCCAUAUCUUGGCAUCCGAGCUCUACAUCGUUGCCGUCAUUGCAGACUGCUGUUCUUCCCAUUGGGCCUCUCUCUCACAGGACGCAGAUGUAGAACCGGCCCCGGCUCCCCCUCCGCUAGACGAAGUACUUGUGAGCCGCCUAUUCGAUGCGUUCAAACACCUCCUUGAACCGAUCCCCGAGAACUGUAUACUCCCAGCACAGACUCUACUUGACCAAGUCUCGACGCGCAAUGUCUCCGUCACUCGACCCGAAAGCUCCUCUGUCUCCUCCGACGCCGAUAGCUCCCCCCCAAGCGAUGAAAGGUUUGCAGACACGUUGGUGGAGAUGGACAUCCACAUCAAGACUGUGACCGAGUAUAUCACUACUUCCAGUUGGACGGCUGCCUUCGACUAUUUAAGGAAUGUUAUAUACACUAUUCGAACUAGUAUUGUUACGCAACCCGGCGUCUCUGCGCCUGGAUCUACCCAAGAUGCUGAGAGAGCAGCCCUCGUCGUUCUGCGAUUGCUCUCUUUCUUCUGGGUUGAUGGCCCAAAGCUAGGUCAAGUUAUACAAGAGAUCUGCUCAAGCUUCCUACACUUUCGAAAGCCUUACCAAAACACCAUUGCUGUAGUUUCUCCAUUGCUGAUCAUGAGAUGGCUGGAUCGGUUUCCCCGCGAGUUUGUGCAGCUUCACCAGCUUCACAAGCGACUUGAUGGUGGAGCUGAUACGCUGUUUGACAUGGCACAGGCUGCGACAGAUAACGGACGCCGAAAGGGUCUGUUCUACCCUCUCCAAACCACUCUACUUUUUCUUUUGCCGGAUGUUUUUGAGGUGGCGAGCAAUAUGCGCGAAGCGAAGAGCAGCAGCAUGGUGAAGAAAGUUACCUUUCUAGAUGGACUGAGAAAAGCCUCACGCAAUCGAAAUGAGCAAGCAGCUUACUGUCUGGUUUCUCUUCUCCGUGCUGCCAGGCAUUUUGAUGUUGAAAGCGACUCGGCGCUUGUCAGUUAUGCCUUGGAUGUUCAGGAUGAGGUCCGCGAUGCUGUUUUUCGUCGUCUUACCGCAUCAGAAUACGGACUCUUUGAUCAAGACAUGAUGACCGCAGCCUUUGUGAGCUUGACCCAUCUCAAUCUCGAUACCAGUGUCAGCGGCUUUGUGGAAAGCUGUAUCGCUUCAAAUGCCCCAAGCAGUUUCAAGUUGGCUACUGUCCAGGGCUGUACGUAUUUCGCUCAGCAGCCAUAUGCUCUUAGGUACCACGAACUAUUUGAUGCGGCAAUACCCUUCAUGCGGACGCAAUUAGAGACCGAGAAUGCCAAGGCUGUCAAUACGACGGGUCGACAAGGAAGUGAAAGGACAGAACUUGUUUGCAGCAUUCUCCAAUUCUUGGAUGCAUCCCCAGCUCGGUUGUUAGAUGAUCUGUCAAAAGAUGGUUCAAAUAACAGCUUCUUCAAGUCCUUCCUUCUUUGCGUAUUGUCUGAGAACCCGGCCGUGCGUAAAUUAGCCACUGGCGUUGCAAGCCGACUCUUUCAAGGCCAUCUUGAGGCAUAUCGUCAAUUCGAUACUGGGCACCGCUUCGGCACAAAAGAACUUCGUGAUGAUAUCUGGAGUCGAAGCUCCAAAGUUCUGCUUGCUUUAUGCGAGUCUGUCACCUCUAAGAAAGAUGACCAGAGCUUGCGAGAUCUACAAGACUAUCUAGAAGCACGCUUACUACUUCUCAAGAACAUCCCGGAACUGGCCAAAGUACCAGAGGACACACCAGAUGUCAUCAAUGCGUCUUCCAAGCUUGAGACGACACUUCUCAUAUCACUCUGUUCUGCCAGCAUUACAACUUGUCAACUGGUGACUUCCUGCACAGGAUUGUUCAUUCAAGAGUGCUCGAUCGUGGACAAACAUGUUGAGUCAGCAAAGUCCUCGGCAUCAGUGCUUCGCAACGCUGAAGUCUACCGCGAGAUAUCCUCUCCAGCCUUCCGGUUCACUGGACUAGUUGCAUUCCAGAAGCGAGUAAGGGGUCUUCUGCGCCGCAUGCAGUUCCCGACAACAGGCAUCGUAAACGCCUGGGAAACCGCAUUCGAUCGUUGGCUCCAUCUCGCAAAGGAUGUCUCAACAUCAACUGUCGAGAUCGUGGAUGGAAGAGCACUGGCCGAGUGGCGAAACUAUUCAGGAUUCUUGGCAUCCUUGGGCGGCAUUUGCACCGCUGACCAGGCUAUUAUUCUUGAAGAGCCUGCUCUUGGAGGUCUAAGGUGGAUCGACCGUGUCUCUUCUGAGCACUCCGAGGAACCACUCUUGACAAGAUAUCUGAGACUCAGUAUCCAGCUUUUAGCUUGUGCCAAUGUGAGAGUACGCGAAGCCAUGCGAGAUGUGCUUGCCAGUGAAGUCUCGCCUGCGCUCUACUACCCGCUAUUCCGGGCCUUAGAAUCUGAAUUAGAAGUAUUAUUCACUGGAGCUCUGGCUCCCGUUGAGAAAGAUCAGGAUAGUGAGGUGGUAUUCGCUGAGCAAGCUGCAUCUCUACUUCGGGCUCUUGUGGAAAGACUAGAAAGCCCCUCCGACCUCGGCGCGGCCUCGUCAGUCCAUCUGGGUGCACUCACGCUCAAUUUUGCAAAGUUCCUGGAUGGUGUCACCGAUACACCCAAUACGCUAAGGGUCAAGAUCCGGGUAUGCCACCUCUGCGAAGUGGUGACAAAGCGAAAAGAGCACCUGAACUUGAGGGACGAUGUUCGGAUCCGGAACCAGCUACUUGAAUAUAUCUUCGGGUGGAUUGCUCGCCCUCGCUCGCCUCAGCAUGGUCCUGGCUCCCGACAGGAUGACACGGCUCGUGUGCAGAAAGACCUUGACAAGGCUUGUUUAAAAUCACUGGCUGACUUGACUUUUCGUUUGCCAUUGCAACCCUCCGAAAGCCAUACUGAUGCUGGGAUGAGCGAGAUGAAGUCGCAAAUGUUCCAUACAUAUUUCAACCGCUUCUUGUCCUUGCUUAACCAUGAGCCAUCAGAGCUGACUAGGACUGAUACGAAUUUGAGUGUCACUCUUCGUGAAGAGUCUGCAUCAAACUCAGAUUUGGCCAUCACCAUCUUGUCCAAUUUACUUAGUGCUAAUAUCGACGUUGGCCUCAAACACUCUCUAAAUAUUGGGUAUCACGACAAUGUUGAGAUCCGCACUGCUUUCGUCAAGGUCCUCUACAACAUUCUGAUCCAAGGCACUGAGUUUAGCAACCUGACUGACUCCGCUGUGAGUGAGAAGUACGAGGAACUACUUGAGUUACUGACCAAUGAUCUCUCCCUGGCCAUCUCUAUGGCCGUUGCUUGCCCCAGCACCGAGGUGGAUGAGCUCACCAUUUGCCUUCUCACUGUUUUCGAGCAACGGGGAAUGAUAUUUGAGCUUUUGGAAGCACUCAUCAAACAAGAGAUUGAAGACACUGAGAAUGAGGCUGAGAUAUUACGACGAGGAUGUGUUGCAACCAAGAUGCUAUCAGUCUAUGCCAAGUGGAAGGGUGCUUCCUAUAUUCGAACGACGCUACAAAAAGUCUUGGAGCGACUCAUGCUGACAUCCAAGGAUCUCGAUCUAGAGCUUGACCCUGCAAGAGUCAGCUCGACAGAGGAGCUACAGAAGAAUGCUCUACAGCUCCGUAUUGUGGCCAAGGUUUUCAUUGAUGACAUAUGCGCGUCUUCUUCCAACAUUCCACCCGCCUUCCGCAAGAUUUGCUACACCAUAUCAAACGCAGUCAUGCCACGGUUUCCCGAUGCCAAGUAUACAGCCGUAGGAGCAUUCAUCUUCCUACGAUUCUUUUGCCCAGCUAUCGUUGCUCCUGAAGUCGAGGGCCUCGUGUCGACAGCACCAUCUAAAGAAAUGCGGCGCGGUUUACUUCUUAUUGCCAAGGUCAUUCAAAACCUCGCCAAUAACGUGCUGUUUGGAGCAAAAGAGCCAUACAUGUUUCCCCUUAAUGAUUUCUUGACCCAGAAUAUUUAUCACGUUACGACAUUUCUUCGCGAGAUUUCGGUUCCUCCCAACCAGUUGGAGGUGCAAGGCACCACGGAAUCGUUCGACUUUGGAUCUUGUGUUGCGCUGCAUCGCUUCCUCUACGAUCAUUGGGACCAUGUACGCCAAACACUUAUCUCACGCGAGAGAAAGGAUUACGCUAGGACAUCUGGGGACGUCGUCCGUGGGAGAUCACCAGUCUUGGAACCGCUGAGGAACCUAAUUGCGAAUCUUGGUCCACCACCGCUUGCUGUUUCAUGGAACAGACCUCAAGUCUCAUCCAAUAGCCCACCGCUAUACUCUCGAUUUCAGAACUUCAUGCUCCGAAAUGCCUUUCGAAGUACCGAGUCAUUCUUGACGGCACGUGCUGUUUACGAUGGUGGCGAAAGCAAGGACGGCUUGUCUAUCAUCUGCGUCAUUUUGCGUCACAUUGAGACUGAGAGCAUCGACUAUGACACUUUAAUGUAUUGCUACCUCAAAAUCGCCAGCAGGUUGUGGCACAGGCCCUUUGGCAUCUUAAUCGAUGCGACCUGCUAUAAUGGCCGCAACGAGCCUCAGGAUGACCUGUUCAAGAAGUUGGAGCUUCUGACACCCUCAGAGCUGUCACAAAACCUCAGCCGUAUUUAUGUUUACAACAUGAACAGUGCAUUCAAGCGGUGUUUUCGACGCCUGCUGAGGGUGUGCACCAAGAACGAGAACGGCGUAUUCAACCCCAAAAACGUCGAAUAUCAUUUGAUAGGAAGUCUUCAAGACUUGCAAGCACAUUUUCACCUUAGCCAGCUACAUCUGCCCAAGGAAACCAUCAGUGUCGUGACCGAUACACGAUAUGUCUUUCAACCGAUCACCCGCUUGUCAAAGUCAAAGGGUAAGAUUGAAGUAAUCAUUAAAGUUGGCAGUCAAUUUGUGCAAGUAACAACCACGAAAAAGCAAGAGAUUUUCGCGGGUUUUCGAUUGGGCACGACCGUGAACGACAUCUUCCGGUUGGGCGAAGUUGACGAAGCACCAACAUCCAUACAGACUGAAGAUGAUUCGGCUUUUGGCUUACGAGCUGACAACGGGAAGAUCGUGAUGUACUUUACAAGCCCAAAGAAGUCAGAUGUGCUUCAGACGAUCCGUGGUGCCAAGGCGAAACAUGGCAAGGAUAGCAGGGCUCACAAAUCUGUUGAGCGCCUUAUCAGGCCACAAGACGUACCAGGCACGCUCCUAAAUCUUUCGCUGGCGAACCUGUCGAGUCAUGAUCAUGUCCUAAGGCUGUCUUCCUACAAUCUACUCGGUGCACUUUGCCGGGCCUUCAAAUUCAGCUCUGCUUCAAGGAUCGUCUGCACCAAAGAUGUUUCUGUCCCUCUAGAUCCAACCCGCUUCGUGGUGGACAUCAGUAAGGAGUUGGCAUUGAGCGAGCCUCAGUUGACGUCAGACUUUUUGACAGAAUUCUUCGUGGGCUGGGAAAGCUUCCCGGAUGAACAGAAGCCUCUGAGUCUUGCCUAUAUGGCUCCUUGGCUCCCUGGCUUGCGGACCAACAUCCUCGCGAAUGAGCUGGACGGGGAGAAGGGGAGAGAAAGAGUCGCAAUUCUUUUUCGAAAGCUUAUCGAUGUGACUGUCCAGGACCAUUCACUCACCUUUGCCCUGGAACAAUCCGUAUGGCCAAGGAUCGUUCAAGACGAAAUUUUGCUCGAGGUUUUUCUAGAUGAGCUCUUGAAGUCAGCAAUGAGCUAUAGCGCGCAUGACGAAUCUCUAGAGGUCAUUGCGUCUAUUGUGGUUGGCAUUGGAACCGUGACUUUGCGCGGCAAGAUCCUUUCACGGCUCCGUAAAGCCCUCAACCGAUCAUCGCUCCGCCCGACGAAAUACCUGCCAGAUAAUGCAGUCUGGUCUGAGAUCUGUGUCUUGCUUCGGUUCUGUUUGUCACUGUCAUUCGACAACGGGGUGCAAUCUCAGCUUUUCCUCCCGGAGAUCUUCCAUAUCGUGACAUGUUGUGAACACUGGUACUCAGAGUCGAUACUUGUUUACGUGCUUGUCAACACGAUCACGCGUAUGUACGUCGUUCAGCUGAUGAUGCAGAUCUAGCAACUGCGAGCAGUCUAGAUUUUCUAUGCGAUCCUCGUAGCGACAUUUUCACGGCGCCGCCAACCUUCCUCGCGAUGGUGCCUCGGUAUCGACUUCACAGGACGCAGACCCCGCGCUGACGGCGACCGAGAUCCUCGCAUCUGCUCUCUUUGAAAUUUGUUCCGUCGCUGCACCAACAGUUGACCUUGCUAAUACAUGGCGAUCGAGGUGGAUGAGCCUAGUUGCAAGCACGGCCUUCCAAAAUAAUCCAGCUAUUCAACCGCGUGCAUUUGCGGUCAUGGGAUGCUUGGCUCGGGAAGAGGUUGAUGAUGAUUUGCUCUACCAAGUACUUGUUGCUCUGAGGAACAGCGUCAAUCGGUUUGGCGAGGACCAUAACAGUGAAAUGCUUGUCUCUAUCGUCACUUCGCUAUCGAAAAUGAUGGCAAAACUCCCAUCAGCAUCUCGCUAUGGUCUGCAGCUUUUCUGGCUAGCCAUGUCACUCGUGCGGUUAGUGCCUGCGACUCUGUUCAACUGUACUGCACAAUUUCUCGAGGCAGUGCUAGCGAAUAUAAGCACUAGCGAAGAGUUCCGAGGAGACAGCAUGGCCUCAUUACUUCUUCAAGGACGAGCACCGCUGGAUGAGGCUGCGUUGCCCCUGGAAGAGAUAUAUGGUAUACACUUCGAGGAAGAAACCUUCCACCUCGCCGUCUGUGCAUGUCUAGCGCGUGGACUCACUGAUACCAUGACACGACAAAUCACCAUGCGUGUCUUGUCUUCUUUCCUAGAGAUGAUGACAGCGAAUGUUGAGGGUCGGGAAAAGGCUGAGAUGACUCAGACCUCACCAUAUCUUUCUCUCCUGACAGCCCGCGCGGUUGAGAAUGACGAAUUCAAAGACAGUCUGUGGUCUGCUGGCAUUAAUGCCGAUGAACUUGGCUUUGCUAAUGGGAUGCGCAAAUCGCCGGAUCUCGAAGGGAUGCUUGAUAAUGUGGUCUUGCUGAUCACAGCGAUCGAACUUGUUGACUUCCAGUAUGUGGAAGACUCCGUACAAAGGCGCAGUCUGGAUUGGCUCAACAAGCUUGCCAACGAACGCCCUAUCGUGGUAGAGCAAUUAGCUGGAGCCAUUCGCUCUUUGUUAGAUGAUACUUUACUACACAGCCAGAAUUCGGCGACAUUAAGGGCUGCACACACUCUUUUGCGGGCGCUAUCAUCAACGCCACAAUUCUCGAGAGCCCCUGGCUCCAUGUCCCCACUGACCGAGGUUUUGGACUCACUGGGUUUUGGUGGGUUAUGGCGAUCAUGUUCACUUGGAUCAAUGGAAGACGUCAACCGUGACUACCUAGAGCUAACUGAGCGAUUGAUAGAGGUAAGUAAAAAGAGAAUUAAGAUAGUAAAAAAUAUAAUUAC